AUGUCGUAUCACGAAAACAAAGGAUACGAAUCAGACUCCGGAGAUGAGCCGAUAGGCUAUCAAGGAGACAAAGGAUACAUGACGCCGUUGUCAUGGAACGAUGCAACCAAUGAAGAGUUAGAUUGGUUCAAAGACGUCAGGAAUACGAAGGACAUUGCAAAGGAUUUCGAGGACAAAUUCCUAACGCAUAUGGAUCUUCCUAGAGGAAAAGCGAUACAAGUCAAUCCAAGGCCAGAGGAUGCCGAAGGAUCAAACAAGGAUAAAGGACGGGAGGAAUGGAAUCCUCUCAGCAUCAAUCCAAGUUUAUUAAGGAGUGGCAACUCUAGCAUUACGCCAACAUCCAGGAAGCCCUACGAUGGGUUAGGAUUAUGGAAAGGAGUCAGGACGACACCUUUAACCAGGACAUCCUCAGAAGGAGGAAGGCCAGUAAUGCCACUCGAAGUACCAAAAAGGUCACAAUCAGCCAUGGCACAAACAAGUAGUUUGGGAACUACUAUUCAAAAUCCCAUCAAAGCAUGGUACGAUCCAGCCAAUGGACCACCAGUGCAUCCAGGACUGACAUGUCUGAAAUUCCAGUGGCAGGAAUAUCUCCUGGAAAUGAAUCUAUACGUGCUGUAUAAUUCUGCACAACCAGAAUUGGAAAAGGAGGAAUUACAGCUAGGGGAGAUCUGA